UUUGUAAUUGCGCUACCAGGUGUUCCCCAUUAUGCUGUCGCCUAGCAACGCGGUGAUAGGAGAGCUACAAUUCUACACGGCAGAACACUAACGUUACUUGUUGAAAUGGAGCAGGAAUAUAUUAUUUUUAUUUUUAUCUUUUAUGUUUUACUGGAGGAGAUGGUGAGGAUGUUUCAUCCCCGGCGCCGCCGGGUGAUGUAUCUCCGGCUUGAUGAAGACCGGGUCGAGACCAGACCCCUGUACUGCAGGAUAAACCUGAAUGUGCCUGUGCUGGACAGGUUUUUUAAUGACAUGGAUACACGACCUGAUUUUCGGCUGAGCAGGGAGGCCCUGAGAGUUCUGCUGGACCUGUUGGGGAGUGAACGGCAACACGGAUGGGGUUCCACAAUAGAGACCCUGGUGUUUCUUUUCUGGCUGGCGUGUGGCACAUCAUACAGGGUCGUUUCCGGAGUGUUUGACAUGCCUCGUUCCACUGUCCACCGCAUUGUCCACCGGGUCGCUGAGGAGGUGGUGGCCAUUCGCCACCAAGUCAUUCACUUCCCCAACACCCCAGAAGACCUGGAGGCAGUUUGCCGUGGGUUUGCAGGGCUGGCCAGACACCGAGCUUUCUUGAAAGCUGCAGAAGCAAUCGACGGCUGCCAUGUCCGCAUCAAGCCUCCAAGCGGCCCUGAUGGUCAGUGCUACAGGAACAGGAAACUGUUCCCGUCCAUCAUCUUGCAGGCUGUUUGUGACCAUCAGGGCCGCUUUAUUGACACCUACGUUGGCUGGCCCGGGUCAGUACAUGACGCACGAGUGCUUCGGUACAGCCCACUGUACAGGAGGUCAGUGUACCCUCCUCCAGGGCACUUCAUCCUCGCAGACGGAGGGUACCCAUGUCUCCAACACCCGCUCCCCCUCAUCACUCCAUACAAGAGGCCAGUACGAGGUGUGGGAGCCCAGCGCUUUAAUCUUCAUCAUUCCAGGGCACGCUCCAUUAUAGAGCGUGCUUUUGGGAUGAUGAAGACCAGGUUCAGGGCCAUCUUCCUGAAAGCGCUGGAGGUGCACCACACCUUUGUACCUCAUGUCAUCACAGCCUGUGCCGUCCUCCACAACAUCUGCCUUGGGGUUGGUGACAUCAUGCCCCCGGAGGAUGAGCAUGAAGAGGAUGAUGCAGAGGAUGAGGGGGAGCAUGGUUUGGAGACUGUCAGUGGUGCUCCCUGGCGAGACCGGCUGACUGCAGAGGUGUCUGCCCUGGAGGAGGUUCCCAUCGACCACGACUACUUGUAACAGUGAGAUGGCAGCCGUCGAUUAAAUCAGCCCUGCAAACCCAUUGAAACAACUUAGUGGAUAGAGGAAAUAUGCACUCAAACACUCUGGACUGGAGCCCAUCCCAGAUGAUGUUCCACCAGCAGGAGGUCUUACCAGGGUCUCUAUUGUGGAGGCCAUCCUGGCCCAGCAGUACCAUCAGGGUCUACCUGUUCAGCUGAAAGCAUACAUUUUGU